AUGUCAAAAUCCAACAUCGUUCGGUUCUUAUUAUUGUUUAGUAUUUGUUAUUGCGAGUUAUCAGUUAACGGACAAAGCUAUAAGGAGAAACAUCGUCUCCAAGUGCAUUAUUCAAUACCGUCAGGCUGGUCAAACGAUCCAAAUGGAUUGAUUUAUUUGGAUGGCUAUUAUCAACUAUACUUUCAACACUAUCCAUGGAGCACAAAAGUUGGACCAAUCCACUGGGGUCAUGCUCGAUCACGUGAUCUAAUCCACUGGGAAACGUUGCCCAUUGCAUUGAAACCGUAUGAAAAGGGGGUUAUAUACAGUGGAUGUUGUAUAAAUGACGAAAAUAACGUAACUGGUAUUAGGCCCAAUGUGCUAAAUAAUCCAAACGCAUCAUCAACGACGCUCAUUGCACUUUAUACACUGACCAAGGAUGAGGACCAAAGUCAAGCGUUGGCAUACUCAUUUGAUAAUGGUACGACAUGGACACAAUACGAUGCAAAUCCGGUGAUUCCGAAUCCGGGCAUUAGUGAUUUUCGUGAUCCAAAUGUUUUCGAACGUAACGGAAAAUUCUAUAUGACAUUGGCCGUACGUGAUCGCAUUUCGUUUUACGUUAGCACCGAUUUGCUGUCAUGGGAAAAGCUCACAGAUUUCGGUGUAUCGCCGGAUGAAGGUGACAAAAACGGUGUAUGGGAAUGUCCAACAUUAUUCACACUAACCGAUGAAGGGGGCAAACCACACGAUAUUUUGAUUGUUUCGCUGAAUGGUGAUUUAGAAGGCAGUAAAUCACAGUACUUUAUCGGUCAGUUCAAUGGAAGCAGAUUCAAUACGUACGAUAAGUCGAGAAUACUAUGGAUUGACAAUGGUUUCGACAAUUAUGCGGCCAUACCAUAUCACAAUGAU